AUGACUACAUCUAUGCAAUACUUUUCCAGCCUCGAAGGCACUAAGGUUACCCUUGAAUCACCGCCAGAACUGCUUGAGAUCUGGCAGAUUGUGAAGAAACUUGGCGAGCGCACUAGUGCCUCGACCGAGCGAGACAUCGCUGAUGGUUUGGGCCCUGGAUACGCAGCUGGAAAGUUUCUUUGUCUCUCUACCAGUUCUAAAGCCCAAGCAAAGGUCGCGUUCAUGCGAAUUUACAAGCAGAUUCCUAUCGCUGGAACUGAGUUCCAGAACGAUACAAUGCGAGCUGCUCAGGCUGUCGAGCCACGUGAACAUGCAGAGCUUACCGCGCUCAAAGCCUUCAAGGAACAAGACUGUGAUAUCGUACCCAAGCUGCUUGGAAAGCUUGUCCGGUUCGGAUACCGGCCACAAUUUCCGGGAUCGUCUAAGAUCAUAUACAAUUGGGCCACCGGAAAUAUGCAUAUGUCCGGAUUCCGCCGCACGGUUCGUAUCGAUACAAACAAGAAGUGGGAUGAUCGAAUUUACGUCAAUUAUACCCUCGCCCUAGUAUCUACAGAAAUGGAUGCAUAUUUUCCUGUCAAGAGCACUGAUGUGUACCAUGACGAUAAGGGUUGGAGGUUCUCGCGCCAGGAGAGCUUGACGCGCUCCGCAAUCCCUGCCAUCAUGACACCCCCGUAUCUUCAGCGGCAACAGAUUGCACCGAAAGCAGAUGGCUCUACAGCCGACCUUGGAAACAUACCGAUCACACUAGACGAGCUCGAAAUCGAUGGGUACCCUGUAUCAGGUUCUCGUGCCGAAGGCCCAUGUUUCGCCCAAGAGAUCGUGAUCGUCAGGUGGGAUGGAGAGGAUGACCCCGAAGAUCCAUACAAUUGGCCCAUCCGGAAGAAAUGGCAGGUCACGGGAAUUGGUUUGCUGGCGAGCUUUGUCUGCUCACUGAAUGGGACCAUCCUAACGGUGGCUCAUACAGCCAUCGGGGAAGAGUUUCACAUUUCCGAUGCGACAUUCCCAAAUUCCUACUGGUUAACAACAUCCUGGGCCAUCGGGGCGGCGGUGUGUCCACUGCUUUUGUUUCCUGUGAUGGAGGACUUUGGCGUUCGACCGGUCCUUCUCACCACCUAUUUUUUCUUUGUGUGUUUUCUGAUUCCUGUAGGCCUGGCACAAAACUUUGCCACCCUGGUUGUGGUCCGGUUCUUUAGCGGAGGAUGUGUGCCACUUAUAAGCGACGCCGUUGCGGGUAUCACAUCGAAUGUUUUUCACGGCGAUCGAGCCCGGAGUGUCCCAAUCUGUCUAUACGUGACCAUCUAUCUGGCGGCGACAAGCUUGGGCCCAGUCGUUGGCGCUUCCAUUCUGCAAUUCCUACCAUGGCGCUGGAUUGGUUACAUUGAACUGAUUUGGACCGCUGCCCUAUUUCCGAUCCUGGUUGUUGGUCUGCCAGAGAGCCGUGGACCGGCGAUCCUGCUCGCCAGGGCCAAACGACUAUGCCGCGAGGGGAAGAAUGCGUAUACGACCGAAAAGAAUGAUCAGGUGACGUUGCCUCGCCUUAUCUUGCAGAGCGUUCAACGGCCUCUGUACAUGCUAUGUACGGAAGGGGUUGUGUUCGUUGCGACGGUGUGGGCUGCCUUCAGCCUAGGAACGAUCUAUCUCUUUACGCAGUCGGUCGAGCAGGUAUACGGGGAGCUUUAUGGAUGGGAUCCCAUCCAGUCCGGGUAUAUCCAAGUUGCGAUUGUGGUCGGGGAAAUCCUGGGCUGUGGAUUUUGCAUCUCAACCAAUUCCUGGUACUAUGCAUCUGCUACCCGCAAUACUGAGGUACCUGGCACGCCAAUCCCCGAGGCUCGGCUGCAUUCAUCAAUAAUUGGUGGAUUCUUUGGUGUCACGGGUGGCAUGUUCGUGUAUGGGUGGACAUCGUACGCUUCUAUGCACUGGAUGGCACCCACCGUCGGCCUGGCGAUGGUUGGGUUUGGGACGACAGCGGUCAUCGUUAGCAAUGCUAACUAUCUCAUCGAUGCGUACAGCAAGUACGCUGCGAGCGCCCUUGGAGCGGUGGGUUUCGUCGAGAACAUCUCUAUCGCUUUUCUCCCUCUGGCCGCGAUGGCCAUGUACACGAAUCUUGGGUUUCAGUGGUCCAGCUCGCUGCUUGCAUUUGUGUCUUUGGCCCUGGUAGCGACUCCUUUCGUAGUCCUCAAAUGGGGCAAGGAGAUCAGAUCCUACAGCCCAUUCAUGCAAGAGGCAAUUGUAGAGCGGCGGCGAGGCAGUGCCACAGCCUCAAGUGUAUAA